UCCAAACACAUGCUGAAAUCGGAAUCGUGCUUGUUCAAUCUGUCAAUGUAACAAAUGACAAUUUGACAAUUUUAAUCUUUUCGAUUUUUAGUGAAAUUUCAUUUUAUAAAAUUAAGGAAUUACGGUAAAGGGUAAAACGAACUUAAUCGGAAGACUCCGUAACAAAGGACGUGCAAAUGGAAUGAAUGGGACGAUGGAAUUAAGACUGAUCUAAUUAGAACGGAUUGAAAGUAACAAAUUUUGGGGAUAACGGGGAGUCUAAAAGUUCCCUGUGUCGUUAGUUAAUUAGAUAAUUAACCAAGACCUCGUCAAAAUGGUGAAAGACCAAUUCAGGGAACGGGUGUGUAAUUAUAAAGUGACCUCGGUUCAAUUCACGGUGGGAAGUGCGGAAGAAACUUCUCGACAAGGUCAUCUCAAAGUUGUUGCGAAACAUUUAUACCAGCAGGAUGGGAAAAGGACGCCAGUUUCGCAUGGAGUUUUGGACCGACGACUUGGGACGUCCAGCAAAGAUGCGAAAUGUGCUACGUGUGGGAAGGGUCUUGUAGACUGUGUAGGACAUUUUGGUCACGUUGAUCUAGAACUUCCUGUCUAUCAUUACGGCUACUUUGGAAUGAUUCUCAAUAUUCUUCAAUGUGUUUGCAAGAAUUGCAGUUACCUACUCCUCAAACCAGCAGAUAGGGAACACUUUCGACCUUUGAUCACACGUCCCAAUUUGUCAUACCUGGCAAAAAAGGCAUUUCGAAAGAAAAUACUCUUAAUAUGCAAAAAGAUGCACAUUUGCAUUAACUGCGGCUCGUUGAAUGGAGUAGUAAAAAAGUGUGGAAUGUUGAAAAUCUGUCACGACAAGUAUCGCUACGCUAAGAAUGGAGAGCAAGUGAAACGAGUCAAAAGCGAAUUCGAGUCUGCAACUGCAGGAAAAUAUUCUCAACUUGAUGCAUCCGUCGAUAUUUUAAAUCCAUUAAUUGUAAUGGGAAUUUUCGAAAGAAUUUCAAACUCGGACGUUCCAUUUUUGAUGAUGGGAGUAAGUGAUAACGCUGCAAGUCCAAAAGAUCUGGUCCUCACUAGAAUCCCCGUUCCUCCCACAUGCAUUCGUCCCUCGGUCAUCUCUGAAAUUAAGGCUGGCACGACGGAAGAUGACAUUACAAUGAAACUUACUGAAAUUUGUUUCUUAAACGAAGUUUUAACAAAUCAUCGCGAAUCCGGAGCACCAGUUGAUAGGAUUUUAGAAGAUUGGGAAUUUAUUCAAAUGCAAUGUGCCUUAGUGAUUAAUUCUGAAAUGUCUGGUCUUCCUUUACAACUUGGAAAGAAGAAGUCGGGUCGUGGGUUUGUACAGCGAUUGAAAGGAAAGCAGGGUCGAUUUCGUGGAAAUCUGUCAGGAAAGCGUGUUGACUUUUCUGGGCGGUCUGUGAUAUCGCCAGAUCCUAACUUACAAAUUCAGCAGGUUGGCGUCCCUGUGCUAAUGGCCAAGAUAUUAACAUAUCCAGAAAAAGUUACUCCAUACAAUAUCAAAUGGUUGCGAACUUUAGUGAAAAAUGGACCGGAUGAUCAUCCUGGAGCAAAUUUUAUAGAGAGUCGGGAUGGAUCAUUUAGAAAAUAUUUGAGAUACGGCGACCGUAAAAAGAUGGCAUAUGAAUUGAAAUACGGAGACAUUGUUGAAAGACACUGUGUUGAUGGCGAUGUCGUUUUGUUCAAUCGACAACCAUCUUUGCAUAGAUUAAGUAUUAUGUGUCAUCGUGCCAAAGUACAAGAAGGACGGACUUUGAGAUUUAAUGAAUGCGUCUGUGCACCUUAUAAUGCUGACUUUGAUGGAGAUGAAAUGAAUAUUCAUUUGCCACAAACCGAAGAAGCAAAAGCUGAAGCUUUAACAUUAAUGGCGAAUGAAGUAAAUCUAGUCACACCAAGGAACGGAGAAUUGAUUAUCUCAGCCACUCAAGAUUUUUUGACCGGAGCCUAUCUCAUUACGUUGAAAGACCAAUUUUUUACAAGAUCGGAAGCAUUUAGAAUUAUUGGAUGGGCUGCUGUGUCAAAACACGAGUUUGUCGAAUUGCCUCCACCGUGUAUCAUGAAGCCGAUGGAACUCUGGAGUGGAAAACAGAUUAUUUCCAUUGUAUUCAGGCCAAACACUCAUUCCAAGAUCAAGUUGAAUCUGAGAGCAAAGGGAAAAAACUAUUCUGGAACUGCUGAAGAAAUGGCUGUCGAAGAUACAUAUGUUGUUAUCCAUAACUCUCAACUCAUGGCUGGGGCAUUAGACAAGGCCACGCUAGGAUCUGGAGCGAAAGCAAACGUAUUUUAUGCACUUUUAAAAGAUUGGGGGAAGGAUGCAGCGUGUCUAGCUAUGUUUCGAUUGGCUCGGCUAACUUCAAAUUAUUUAAUGAAUCGUGGAUUCUCUAUAGGGAUUGGUGAUGUAACUCCUGGAGCAAGACUUGUUUCACAAAAGAAAGAAUUAGUCGCAUCUGGUUACAAGAAAUGUUUCGAAAUGUUGUCAAAACCAUCCGAAACUUUGGAAUCAGUAGAAGGAUCUAUUCUUAAAGCUUUAUCUGAUAUUCGAGACUCUGCUGGAAAACUUUGCGUUAAAGAGUUAGACAAAACCAAUGCACCGCUCAUCAUGGCCCAAUGUGGAUCCAAAGGAUCUUACAUCAAUAUUUCUCAAAUGAUUGCGUGCGUGGGUCAGCAAGCUAUUAACGGCAAACGUGUUCCUGACGGGUUUUAUCAACGAUCAUUACCUCAUUUCCGGCGACAUGAUCGAGGACCAGAUGCUAAAGGAUUCGUGGCAAACAGUUUCUUCACUGGGUUGACCCCAUCUGAAUUUAUUUUUCACGCCAUGGGAGGACGAGAAGGUCUUGUCGAUACGGCCGUUAAAACUGCAGAAACUGGUUACAUGCAACGACGUCUUGUCAAAGCCUUGGAGGAUUUGUGUUGUCAAUAUGACAUGACGGUGCGGAACGCGGAAGGCCAAGUGAUCCAAAUGUGUUAUGGUUUGGACGGACUGGAUCCCAUGUUUAUGGAAGGAAAGGACAAGCCUGUUGACUUUGACAGAGUUUAUCUUAAUGUGAAAGCUCACUGUCCAGGUCGUGGAGAUGCUUUCACUAGUCAAAAUGAAAAGAAAAUUCACAUGCAAACUAUAGCCGAAGAAUUAAAAUAUGGAUCUGGUGACAGAUUAUUUAGCCUUGAAUUUGAGACUGAUAUGGAAGCAUUCGUAACUAAACAUCCCUUCCGAUCGGAACAGUUGGUAAAUUUUAUUCGAAGUUGUUGGGACAAAUUUCACCGAUCUCGAAUGGAACCUGGAACUGCUGUUGGUGCAUUGGCAGCGCAGAGUAUUGGAGAACCAGGAACUCAAAUGACCCUGAAAACUUUUCAUUUCGCUGGAGUCGCCUCCAUGAACAUUACCCUCGGUGUUCCACGUAUCAAAGAAAUUAUUAACGCAGCCAAAAAUAUAAGUACUCCUAUUAUUCAAGCAAGACUUGUCGAAGAAGACGAAAAAUUAGCAGUUAACGUUAAAAAUACGCUACAAAGGACCAGCUUGAAAGAAGUAGCGUCCAAAAUCGAAGAAAUUGUGUUGGCCAACGAGUAUUUUAUAUUAAUUCAUCUCAACCCCAAAAAGAUGGUUGCUCGGCAGAUUUCGCCUCAUCAGGUUGUAGAAAGACUCAAGACUGCGCUGAAAAUUAAAAGAUUCGAUGAUAUUCGAGCAGUGGAAUACAUGAUAUUAAUUUUUCCUCUUGAAUCUGUAAAAUCAAGUGAUUACUUUGUGAUGCAACAGUUGCUUCUAACAUUGCCCAACAUUACAAUAAGUGGAGUAACAGGAAUAAGCAGGACAAUCGUAUCUGAAGACCAAGGCGUUUAUAAAGUCAUUGCUGAAGGAGAAAACUUUCGAGGUGUGUUAACGACUAGAGGAAUUUGUGCUAAACGGUCUUCCACAAAUAACAUUCUUCAAAUAUCCAACGUUUUGGGAAUUGAAGCUGCCAGAUCCAGCAUCAUCCGUGAAAUUCAAUACACGAUGGAAUCUCAUGGCAUGAGUGUUGACAAGAGACAUUUAACACUCGUAGCAGAUCUUAUGACAUCUCGAGGUGAAGUAUUGGGCAUCACUCGCCACGGUCUUGCCAAAAUGAAAGAAUCUGUCUUCAUGUUGGCGUCAUUUGAGAAAACCGCGGAUCACUUAUUCGAAGCCGCUUACCACAGCCAGACCGACAAGAUAUCCGGUAUCUCAGAAUGUAUCAUCAUGGGCCGACCUUGCUCACUGGGCAGUGGAAGUAUGACCAUCUUGGAGAAACCUCAACCCCACGAAGCGCUAGAAGUGAGACCUUUACUUUUCGAAAGCUUAUGUCAACAAUUUCCUAGCGAGUAGGAAUGAUUAUCGCAUUUAUUUAUUACAUUAUUUUAUCUAUUGUUAUUUUUAUCAUACUGCCAACGCCUCAAAUAAGUUAUAUAUGGAAUUAUUAACGAGAAUGUGAUAUUUUACACACAUAAAUGUGACAUGCCGAUUUACCAUGCAAAAAAAUUGAUGAAACGGAAUCAAUAAAGAAUUUGCAAAGGACACGAAAAA